UACAUUGGCGUGACGCAAGCGCGCAUUGGCUCUCACCAGGAGCGAUUCAUUCUAAAGUUCAGAAAUGGCUUAGUUUAGUUUGUUUACCUUUAAAAUAAAAACAAACAUGUAUCGAGCUAAGCUAAACACAAAUUUACCACUUUCACACUAACAUUAUUUGGUUUUGUAAAGACCUUCUACCAUGAAGUUGCUCCAAAAAGAUAUAGAGAAAGAUAAUGCCGGUCAGGUGACUCUGGUACCUGAAGAGGCAGAGGAUAUGUGGCACACGUACAACCUUCUCCAAGUGGGGGACAGCCUUAGAGCUUCAACCAUCAGAAAGGUGCAGACAGAGUCUGCUACUGGCAGCGUGGGCAGCUCCAGAGUUCGGACCACUCUGACGUUGUGUGUGGAGACCAUCGACUUUGACACGCAGGCCUGUCAGCUGAGGGUGAAAGGCACCAACAUAGAGGAGAACCAGUUUGUUAAGAUGGGAGCUUAUCACACCAUCGAGCUCGAACUCAACAGGAAGUUCACUCUGGCUAAGAAGAACUGGGACAGCGUUGUGCUGGAUAGAAUUGAACAAGCGUGUGAUCCUUCCCAGAAGGCCGACGUGGCUGCAGUGGUGAUGCAGGAAGGUCUGGCUAACGUGGUGCUGGUGACCCCCGCCAUGACUCUGCUCCGCGCCAAAGUCGAAGUUACCAUUCCGCGCAAGAGGAAAGGCAGCUGCAGUCAGCAUGAAAAGGCGCUGGAGAGGUUCUAUGAGGCUGUGAUGCAGGCCAUCCUCCGCCACAUCAAUUUUGAUGUGGUGAAGUGCGUACUGGUUGGCAGUCCUGGUUUCGUGAAGGAUCAGUUCAUCGCCUACAUGUUCAAGGAAGCCGUGCGACAGGACAACAAGCUCCUGCUGGAGAAUCGGCCCAAAUUCAUGCUCGUCCACUCAUCUUCAGGUCAUAAGUAUUCGCUCAAAGAAAUUCUUUGUGACCCCGCUGUGACAAGUCGGCUUUCUGACACCAAGGCAGCUGGAGAGGUGAAAGCUCUUGAGGAUUUCUAUAAGAUGCUUCAGCAUGAACCUGACAGAGCGUUCUACGGAGUUGCUCAUGUGGAGAAAGCUGCCGACGCGUUGGCCAUCGACACCUUAUUGAUAAGCGAUAAGUUAUUCAGGCAUCAGGAUGUUCCCACCAGGAGUCGCUACGUUCGACUUGUUGACAGUGUGAGAGACAACGGAGGAACUGUCAGAAUAUUCUCAAGUCUUCACGUGUCUGGAGAACAGCUGACUCAGCUGAGUGGAGUGGCUGCUAUCUUGCGGUUUCCCAUCGCAGACUUGUCCGAACCUGAAGAUGAGAGCAGCUCAGAUGAAGACUAAACUCUAUUAACUCGCGGGGAAAGGCGGGCCGCUGCAGACGACAUGCAGCGACUGAGCGUGUGGUUAUUAAAGCUGCUGUGUUCCUCUUUAAACCUAACAGAGGUGGUUUGAUUCUGAAGUUGGCAGCAAUAUUUGCUAAUAACAAUAAUCUAAUAGUUGCCAAAUCAAAUUGAGAAAAGUGUAAGAACUGUAAAAUCACAGGUUUUUCAAGUGUACAUACGACUUUGUUCUUGCAAUUAAAUAACUAAAGCAUGCGGUUA